UUUGCAUAAAAACUACUUUCGACUCACCCUGUAAAGGUUUAGCGCUUCAAUUUUUGUUUGACUGCGUCAUUGAAGCAUCCAUCCAGCAGUUUGUCCCAUCCGAAAAUCAGGACAUCUAUCCGAUAUAAAGAUGUCCACUUCUACAAGGCCUAAGAGGAGAGCUGCUGUAAAAGCUGUGCAAGUGAUAGAAAUUAGUGAUAAUGAUGAUGACGAUAGCUAUGCUGAAGAGUCACCAGAAAAAAGACCAAGAAAGACUACUAAAGUUACGGCAAGGAAACCCAGGGCAGUGGUAAAGGAGCCAAAAGAGAAAAAGGAACGCACAAAAGCUGCAACAACACGUAAACCAAGAACGACUAAAAAGGCCGCAGCUGCUGCAAAAAAAGAAGAGGAAGAAAUACAAGAUGAAAAUACCCCACCAAAUGUUUUGCCAAGUGAUGGAGACAAUAUUGUUGAAUCAAUUGAUCUAGAGGAUGAUGAGGCAGAUGGGCAAACACAAAGCCAUGAACCUCAAAUCGAUUUCCAACAAAAUGAGAGCUUUGAAGACGACGGCUGUGAUGUCAGGCCCCAUCCUCCGCCACAAAAAAUACAAGGAAGAAGUAGUUUUUGGGCACGACGAAAAAUCUGGACCAUUGACGAGCUGUUGGCUGAGACAACCAAUAUUGAGCCCAGAGCAGCCAAGAAUAUUGUCAAUUUGUUUGAAAACGAAAACACUAUUCCAUUUAUCUGUCGUUAUCGUCGAGAUUUGAUCAACCACAUUCAGCCCGAACAAUUGCGAGAAAUUAAAACUUGUUACACGGAAAUUGUUAAUUUACGUAAAAAGGCUGAAACCAUUGUGACGACCUUGGAAAAGGAAAAUGUGAUUGACGAGGAAAUUCGUACGGAAAUGCUGUGUGCCAAGUCACCGGAAGAACUGGAAUUUUUGUAUGCGCCUUACAAACCAGCCAGUCGUGGUUCUUUGGCAGAGAGAGCAAAAGCCUUGGGCUUGGCAGAGUAUGCUGAUCGCUUAUUGUAUGGGGAAUUGCCUCAUGUCAAUUUGAAAAAUAUUGUUGAUCGUAAAAAUCCAGAUUUGGAUACCGAAGAAAAGGUAUUCAAUGGUAUAUGCCACAUAAUAUCUCACAAUAUAAGUAAACAUACCGGUGUUUUGGAGGAGAUAAGGCGAUUGCAAAAAGUACAUCGCAUUACGUUAAAGACAUCUAAACUAAAACCCUCGAAGGAUGCUAAAGGCUCAGAAGAAGCUAGCAGCAGCAAUCAUCAUCAUCAUCAUGGUGGAAAUAAAAAUGAUGCUACCAAAUACGAAAUGUACUAUGACUAUUCGAAUGAUGUGCGCUAUUUAAAACCCCAUCAAGUUUUGGCCAUAAAUCGUGCGGAAAAACUGAAAUUUCUUUCGGUUAAAAUAAUUGUAAAUGAUUAUUUCAAAAAUGAACUAGAACGUUAUAUACGUUCCAUAUUUCUCGAGGAGGGUGUCAAAUAUCCCCUACGUUUGGAGAUCUUUAAUAAAUCCUUUGAGGAGUGUUAUAGUAAAAAGUUAUAUCCCUUGGUAUCACGUCAAAUACGUUCGGAUCUCAAUGAAUCGGCCAAGAAAGCCUCAAUUGACGUCUUUGCCAAGAAUCUCAAACAAUUGCUGUUAAUGUCACCACUGAAGGGUGAACGUAUUUUGGGUAUUGAUCCAGGAUUUGCAAAUGGUUGUAAGAUUGCUGUCAUUUCGGAAACUGCCGAUGUCUUGGAAACUGGUGUUAUAUAUCCUCAUCGCCGUAACACUGAUCCCGAGGAGUGGGGUGAAAAAUUGGCGAAAAUUUUAAAAAGACACAAAUGCCGCUUAAUCGCCUUGGGCAAUGGUACUGCUUGUCGUGAAACUGAAUUUUGGUUAUCCAAACUUUUUGAAUUGGGUAUUUUAGAUUCAAAUCUAAUACGUUAUAGUAUUGUCUCUGAACAGGGUGCAUCGAUAUAUUCUUGUAGCGAUGUGGCUAAAAAGGAAUUUCCCAAUAUGGAUAUGAAUGAAAUAAGUGCUGUAUCAAUUGCACGACGUCUCAAUGAUCCACUUAGUGAAUAUGUUAAAAUAGAACCACGACAUAUUGGUGUUGGUAUGUAUCAACAUGAUAUCAAUGAGAAGCAAUUAAGUGAAUCCCUGAACGAAGUUGUUUCGGAAUGUGUAAGUUAUGUGGGUGUUGAUAUCAAUACUGCGAGUAUAACGGUGUUAAAACACAUAGCUGGUUUGUCUGAAAAGAAGGCCGAAAAAAUAUUACAGCAUCGUGCAGAUAAUGGACCAUUUAAGACACGCAAAGAUUUAUUGCAAGUAAAGACAAUUGGCGAAAAGACAUUUGUACAAUGUGCUGGUUUUAUACGCAUUGAUCCUCGUAGUUUGGGCGGACGUAUUGAAAAUCUUCUCGAUUGUACUUGGGUGCAUCCAGAAAGUUAUACCGUGGCCAAAAAAAUAAUAUCGAAAUGUAAACUGCAAUUGGAUGACAUGGGUUCGGCAGAGUUUAUACAAAAAAUUGGAGAUUAUGUAAAGUCAAAUAACAUUGAAACAUUGGCUAAGGAAUUUAAAACCCCCAAAGAGAGAUUGGAAGUAGUAUUCCAAGCACUGCAGCGUGAGCUGUUCAAAGAUUAUCGCAGUGAUUUCGAUAAGAAACCAUUAUUUAAACAGGGUCUAACACGCAUCGACGAACUGUCGGAGUGUGAAGUGUUGACGGGCGCCGUCACGAAUAUUACACACUUUGGAGCCUUUGUUGAUGUGGGCAUCGAAUGUGAUGGCCUAAUACACGUUAGUAAAAUGGGAAAUGCCAAGUUGUCGAUUGGUGAUCGUGUUACCGUAUCGGUAAUAUCAAUAGAUGUUAAACGUAAACGUUUGGGCUUACGUUUGGAAGAAAUGCUUUUGGAAACGGACACCUCAUUUUCGUUGGGUUAAAACGGAACUAUUUAUUAUUAGUGUUUAUUGUUCUAUUAUGUUAAAUAAAACGAAUGCUAUAUUUGAAAGCAUUUAAAUUUGAA